AUGGCAGAUAUUGCUGCAAAUGGGAGUGAAAGCGCUCCUUACAUAACGAAAUCACCAACGAAGUUUCGUGAAAACUUUUGGGGAUCUGAAGAUGCGGGCAUGGAUGCCCUCAUGUCUCGAACGAAAAGUUCACUUUCAACGUUGGAUGUGUUUAGCAGAUUCUAUUCCAGAAGAGCUGCUAUCGAAAGAGAAUAUGCUUCAAAAUUAAAGGAACUAGUCUCGGAAACCCCAAGGCUUGCAGAAUAUGGGACUACCUAUCACAAUAUGGAAUCCUUGAAAACGGAGACUAGUAGCAUGUCCCAAGCUCAUAAUGAUGUCUCUAAUCAAAUUGAAAAAGAGCUACUUGAAAAAGUAAAUGCAUAUAUUUCUCAAACCCAACAACAGAAAUCACUAGCUACAGAUGCCAUUGAAGAACUAUAUCAACAAAAGACUGCUUUGGAAAUUGACCUUUCCGAAAAGUAUGACGCGUAUGAGUACAGUGCUAACAAACUGAAUUCAUACUUAAAAUUAACUUCGAAGUUCACUGGCAGAGAAUUGGACAAGCAUAAUCUUAAAGUGCGUCAAGCCGCAUUGACUGUUCAGAGGACUGAAAAAGAAUAUCGUGAAACAAACAAUCUCCUACGAACAGUUACUCAAGAGUGGGUUGAUAGAUGGACUGAAAUUUGCGAUGCUUUUCAGCACAUUGAAGAGUAUCGGCUUGAGUUUCUGAAAACAAAUAUGUGGUCAUACGCUAACGUUAUUUCGACUGCCUGCGUCAAAGAUGAUGAAGCCUGUGAAAGAAUUCGACUUACUUUGGAAAAAACAAAUGUGGCUGAUGAUAUUACUUUACUCAUUCAAAAGGAAGCAACCGGUACAAAGACACCAUCUUUUCCAGAAGAACACAACUACUUUAAGGAGCACGGAAUACAGGUCGACCUUAAUCAGAUUGCUUCUAAAGCUCCUAGCAUUUACCAUAGUACUUCAAGGGCUGCUUCUUCUGCUUCGUUAUCUGCUUCUCAACCUGUUUCGUCUCCUAGGAUCAAGAAAACUGACUCAUUCUCAUCUGAGAUUCCUUCACCUCCUACUUCUCCUUAUGCUGGUCAAAUGCAGCCUAUGAAUUUUGAAAGUUCUUUAUCGCCUGAUAUUUCAUUCAACGUUCCUGAAAUAAAGAAUGAUUAUCAAAGAGGCGCCGAGUUUAGAGAAUCUCCUUCGAUAUCUUCUUUUAGUACUAUUCCCAAACAAACCACUGAAGUGGAAACAAACAAGUUUGAACUUGGUGAACCAUCUUCGCCCUUAAUUGUUCCUACUAAGCAAAGUGAACCAACCGGUGAAGAUAGACAUUCAAAAAAUGACCUAGAUGAAGCCAUCCUCGGACAAGACUUCCCGCCUCCUUCUCUAAAUAACAGAGCAUCAAGACUAUCAUUUUCUCGUCAUGGACAAGGUUCUCAAAGUAGUAUGGGAUCCAUCAAACGGAAGUCAAUUAUGGAACGUAUGGGUCGCCCCACUUCUCCAUUUGUUGGGUCUACAUUCUCUAGUAUGCGAAGCCGUAGUAAUUCUCCAACCAAAGAAUUUUUGAAGGAGCCAGCAUCCCCAGCAGUUGGCUCGAGUCAUUCAGAUGAGAUGGAUGAGAUAGACCCCAGGGCAAAUGUGGUAUUGAAUGUGGGACCAAAUAUGUUGAAGGUCGGUGAUGUUCCUGAACAACCAAAGGGUACUGAGGACAAAAGUAGCGAUCCCAUUGCUGAUGCAAUGGCUCAUUUGAGCAUGUCAGUAAAGAGACGUCAGUCUACUUCCACCGCAAGUGAUAACAAUGCAGCGCCUAAACCUGUUUCAUCUAAUAAUCGAGUAAGCAUGCUUGGUUCUGGUUCGCGUAAUCAAUCUUCUACUGAUAUGGAUGGCUUGGCUAAAAGAAGCUCGUUAGGAGCCCCUCCAGCUGCUCAUACUUCUGCCCAGAUGCAACGCAUGAGCAACACUUUUGCAAAUCAAACUAAGCGCGUUUUUGGUGAAAAGCGAGGUGAUGUUCCCCUGAAAGAUUCACUUCGUCAUAACAGAAGCAAUUUGAAUAGAUCACCAUCGCCCAUGCUAUCGAGAAGAAGCUCUGCUGUGAGAAACGGCGUGCCAGAACGCUCUCCUUCAUCUUUAAGUAUGAGGCAACAGGAAGCAAAUCCUGUAAGUAGAAGCCGUGGACACUCAUUAUCCGGACAAGGUUCCCGACCUACUUCUUCGCUUUCUAAUCGUCCACCAUCUCAGCUUUCUUUACAGCGAUCCGUUUCCCCGAAUCCAUUAGGACAUAAUCGAAGAUCUUCUUCAAUUAUGAAUAUGCAGCGCUCUACUUCUCCGAAUCCUCUAAAUAGGUCGAGUGCGAACAUUUCGCACUCAAGGCCUUCCUCGGGAAUGGACAUGAGAUAUAAUUCUUUAGGAGGAAGAACAUCAAGGCAAACCUUGGAUCGUACCCCUACAGCUCGCUCACGAUCUCCCGCUUCAUCAAUAAGAAGCGGUUAUUCUAAAGCUGAACCUAGAGCUUCAUUUACAGCCGAAGGAGAAUCUAUUCUAGGUUACGUUAUAGCUCUUUAUGAUUAUAAAGCUCAAAUACCCGAAGAAAUAAGUUUCCAAAAAGGAGACACCUUGAUGGUACUCCGCACACAGGAAGAUGGAUGGUGGGAUGGUGAGGUUAUCAAUAUCAUGAAUCCCAAGAGAGGAUUAUUCCCAUCUAAUUUUGUGCAGACUGUUUAA